AUGGAUUAUGAAUUUGUAACACAGAAUUCGUUUCGUGAACCAAAUCGAAGUGAUUCCGACAAUAUUCUUGACGAAAUAUUGAACGGCGAGAAGGAAAACAAUGAUAAAAAUGGCAAUUUUGAUUUGAAUUUUAAAACUGUUAAGGUAUCCAAUUAUUCGGAUAUAUCGGAUUUUGACGACUCGGACGCAAUUCUCGUAGAGGCCUCACAGAAUGCCGAAAUAAAAGAAGCGGAGUUUAAGGAACAGAAAACAGCAAGAUUUUUGGCCCCACUUUCAGAAUCACAGCUGAAAAAUCUCAAGGAAAGCGCAAUACCUGUGAACACAAGAAAUAAAGCUAAAUGGGCCGUGCGUCUAUUCGAGUCUUGGCAGAAGGAAAGAUCUAUAGAGAAACCACUGUUACAAAUGACAAAUAAAGAACUAAAUAACCAGCUUACUUCAUUUGUCACAGAGCUGAAAACAUUGAAAGGCAAUGAUUACAAACCAAAUUCCCUCUAUGAAAUAAUUGUGGCAAUACAACACCAUCUACGUUCUAAUGGAAAAUUCAUUUCUCUCUUAGAUGACAGUGAGUUUUCCGAUCUUCGUGCAAUUCUUGACGCGAAAAUGAAGGAACUGUCUAAACUUGGUUUGGGAAUAAACAAAAAACAGGCACUUGUUAUCACCGAGGAACAAGAAAAUAUUAUGUGGGAGAAGGAAAUUCUUGGUUCUCAAAGUCCACAGCAACUUCUUGAUACAAUGCUGGAGGGCUAA